UACAGUGUCUAGAGUCAAUGAAAAGAAAUUUACGAUUGAGAAAAUUAUCGUGGAAAACUUAUUAAUUUUUAAAUAAAAUAUCUACCUAAAAAUCAAUAAAAUUGUGUGAAAGUUGUAGAAAAACUUCGAAAUAAUAGUUUGGACUUAAAGAUUUAUGAAAUUAAAUGUGUUUCUGGUGUAAAAAAAUCAAUUAAAAAAUGUGCUUUGUGGGGCAAGACAAAGUAAAGCCAAGAAAUUAAGUUUUUUCACCAAUAUGAAUGAAUACAUUCGGAGAAUUGAGUAAUUUGUUGUUGUUGUUGCUUUUUUGUUGAAGUUGAUGAAAUAAAUGUAAUAUGAGAAGAAGAAGAACAAAUGAGUGCUUUAUAAAAAUCAUCUGUUAGAAGUAAAAGACAAAAACAAAACAGAAUAAAGGAAAGAAAUAAAACAGACAAUACAUAUUAAUCAUGAUAUUAAUUGUGCAUUUUGGGGUUUAAAUGAGAAGAAAAAAAGAAAAUGUCAAAUCAAACUUAAUAGUUGUUGUAUUAAAUUUAUAAUAGUAUAAAAGAAUAGAGGAAAUAAAUAAUAGUCAAAUAUGAAUGGCAAGAAUACGACGACAAGCAAAAAGAUAAAAGGGCCUGCUUUUGAAAAAAAGAAUAUAUAGACACUUUUUUUUUUAAGUUAAGUCAAUUUAAAAAAUAAAUUUUGUUAAAAAAAGUAUUGAAGAAAUACUUCUACAAAUUUCAACUCCUAUAUGGAUUUUUUGGAUAGUGUAAUGGAGUUAUUGAACAGCACUCCUCCGCCACCGAACAAUGUUAUUAAUCAUACGCUAAGAAACAACCUGGACUUACCGCUCGUGCCCAGCACUGCCGACAUGGAACCUAAUAAUUUAAGCCAAACGGCUGGCAGCGUAGUAACCGCUGCAGAUACUGCGGCCGAAACAGCACCGGCAACACAGACAUUUGUCGAGCGAAAUUUGGAAUUAAAAUUACCCAUUUUAUCCUCAAGUAGCAGUGAUAGUGAGUCCGAAGAAGCCACAAAUCCUACAGCAGGCACUUCGGCUGUAGGCGAAGGUGAGCGUGCCGCCUCUCCACCGCCCAAUUGUGCCAUUUGUUUGUGUCGUUGUAAAAACAAAUGUUUCACCGACUCAUGCAUGCAUCAGUUUUGCUUUAAGUGUUUGUGUGAAUGGAGUAAAGUGAAGCCGGAAUGUCCACUAUGUAAACAAACCUUUAAAUCCAUUAUACAUAAUGUUAAAUCCAUUGAUCAAUUUGAGGAGUAUCAUGUCCAGCCACCUACAGUUCAGAUUGCUCAUCCACCAUUUGAAAUGGAUUUUCAGGAUAUGCGUAUAUUUGGUGUAGUUCAUCCAGGGCAUAAUCGCAACGCUUGGAAUGAUUCCACUCACCGUCCCUUUUUCUAUGGUGAUUUCUCUACUACAUCACCUUAUUCAUCGGCUGGUGGCGCUACAUCGACUGGCAGCGGUUCACUUCCGACCGCAAGUGGCAGCAGCAGUAAUCGUUCCUUUGCCCAGUCUAUACGUGGUUUACGCAAUCAAUAUGUUUAUCGUGGCGAACUAUUGGACUUGUAUCGUCAAGAAUAUCCCGGAGCUAUUGCUAAUAGUGGCACAUUAAGCCAAUUAUGGCGUCGUUAUGUUUAUGAUCGUAGAUUGUAUGCCAUGCCUGUGGCUGAUAUUACAGGACGUUUUCGCGAAAGCAGUGCACGUUUUUAUAGAGAUAAUCCAUCACAAAUUCAUCGUUUAAUGCCGUGGAUAAAUCGUGAUAUUGUGUGUUUAUUACGACAGACUCAACAUGAUGUUACCACCGUCUUGGAAUCGAUUAAUUCGGCACUAACCUUAAUGAAUAUACUAUCGCCGGCCUUUCGUCGUCGCCUGCAGCCAUUUUUGGGUACAAAAACUGCACAUUUCAUACACGAACUCAAUAAUUUUGCACGUUCACCUUACGACAUGAUUGGCUACGAUCGUGCCGUACAAUAUUCACCGCAAUCGAACGGUGAGGAAAUUGUUAUAGAAUUUACAUCAUCGGAUGAAUCAACCGAUAAUGAACAGAUCGAUGUGGCCGGUGAUAAUGGUGCUGGUGGCAACAACAACAAUAAUACCUCGUCACGUUCACGUUCGGCGGCAAAUGCUUCGACGAUAAAUGGUGGGAUAUUUGAAUAUGAUGUUGUUGGAUCACAACAUAGAGUUUUUAAUUCAUAUUUCAACCCUUUUACAGCUAUUAAUCUGACCAUACACAAUCGUCUGACAUCGGGUUCGGCGAAUGCGACCGGCAAUCGUGUAAAUGGUGCGAACAACGGCAGUGGCCUAAGUGAUAUACAAGAUGGUGUUAGUUUGGUCAUUGAUUUGAGGGGCGAAUCAGAUAAUAAUGAAACCACAUCUACCGCCCAAGCGACCACUAAUUCUUCGAACUAUCAAAAUGGCCAGAAUACCGGCACGAGUGAGGGUGAGAUGAUAAUGUCUGGUCCACCGCCAACAGUAUCGGAAAAUAUAGAAUUAACUUCGGGUAGCAGCGAUGAGUGUGAGUUUAUUUUGGAACGUAAACCACCUCACUUACGCACACCGGAAAUGGUUAGUUUAGACUCAGCUUCAGAUUCGGAUGUAGUCUUUGUCGAUGAGUCGAAACCUUUAAAUAAAACAUCAUUUAGUUCGAGUGAAGGAGAGCCAGACGAUUGCCCAAGUUUACCUAAGCACCAUACUCGUCAUAACAAUAAAAUAGCUGCUUUAGUUGAGGCUAAAAAGCGCAAUCAUUCGGCAAAUUUGGUUAAAAGCGAACAGCAGGAUUCACAGACAGAAAUUUACAAUAUGGGAGCCAGUACGUCAGCAGCAUUGCGUUUGUCUCUGCAGAAACGUGGAGAUAAAUCACAUCGAUCGGAAGGAGGUUCUAGUAGCUCAAGACUAAGACGUGAAAAGUAUUCCUUACGCAAUAAUGAGGCCCAGUCGCGUGCAGAGCGUCCAGUUCCCAAAAGACGUGGCAAAUGUUUAGACAGUGAAAGUAGUCAUUCCAGUACCUCUUCGUCUACCACAACCUCGUCCAGUUCUUCUACUACCACAUCAUCAACGAAUUCUUCAUCCAGUUCAAGUGAUGAAGAUUAUGUCACCAGUACGUCUCAAAGAAGAAGAGAGGGAGGAGGUACACGUAAACGGUCUAAAGUUAGGAAAACCAAAAAACGCAAGGCCAGCAACCGUAGCAAUAGAAGAACUACUAAACGUGACUCCAGAAAGCGAAAGAAACCAAACAAUGAUUAUUGCAGUGAUAGUGAAGAUGAGGAUGAUGAUAACGGUCAUAUGGGUAAAAACUUUGCUCUUGUGAUGGCAAUAAAUGAGCGUCAAAAGAGGCAAAAUCAAAAAAAGUCUAGCAAAUCUCAAGAGAAGGACGAGGAUGAAAGUGAUGGAAAUUCAUGGUCGAAGACAGAUAUGGGAGUUUUUGAACCACAAAUGGCAGAACGAGCGCUACGAGUGCAACAAGCUAAAAUUACCCAGAGUAGAGAACGUAAAAGGCGCCAUAAAAUUUCCACACAAGAAAAGAAAGACAAAGAAGAUCGUCGAAGUAAUCGAAAACGUCAAAAAUUUGAUACUGAAACACCAAAAACUAGCGGAAAAAAUAACUUAGAUGGAACGUCUAGUGAUGAAAGUGAUAAUAUAAAUCUAAUACAGUUGAAAACAAAACUUACCGGACAAGAACAGCAUAAAGAAAUGAAUACUGAGGAAACAGAUAGAACUCAUAUAGCUAAAGCGGCAGUUGAAACGACUACGAACAAUGAAACUAAUGAACAGGAUAAUAUAGUGACAACUAUAGCUUCAGAUUUUUCAACCAUUCCUACAAGUAUAACUACAGUCGCAAAUACAGAUACCAUAAUAGAAACGUCAGCUAACACUGCGGUAGAUGAGGGCACCACAGCCGGUGAGACAAUUACAAAUGACAUGGUCGAAUCGAGGACAUCUCAACAACAAAAUGAUUUACUUCAUUUCUUUGAGGAAUCCAAUGAUAACAAUCACAAUUAUCAUAUUGAUGAAGGCCAACGCCAUGAUGACGACGAUCAUGAUCUUGAUAGUAAUAGUAUUUACCACAAUGAGCAACAAAUUUUACCUUCGACCUCUUCGUUAGAGAAUUAUCAUGAAAACCAUCACGAUAAUGUCCAUAAUGUGGAUGAUAACAACGGAUUGCAUAACAACGAUAACGUUGAAGAUGAUGAAGAAACUUUAAGCAACACUCCCACAAAUAUUAAUCUAAACGAAUCGAAUGUAUUUGCCGACGGUACCAGUAUGAGUACUACUACAACCGAUACAAUACUACACGAAGCUGCCGAACAAAUUUCUUCAGCUGCUGUUAAUUUUUAUAAUCCUCAACAGACCUUUAAUACUGCCGAUUUUGCCGAUGAGAACUCAACAAAUAGCAGCAGUUCGGAUAGUUCGAUAUCAUCUACGACUACUAGUCUAUCGAGUAGUAGCAAUAGCAGUAGCAGCAAUGCAAACAGUUAUUUAAAUUAUGAACAUUAAUGAAUGAACUUAAAUUUUUCCUUGAAUAAUAA